AUGGGUAAAGUGUGGGACGGAGGCGAGGAUGAUGCUACAGCUCUCCCGGAGGCUCGCGGGGAUGGCCCUGAGGUUGGCAGCAGCACUGGAUCCGAUCACGGGGAUGGAUCCGAUCAUGGGGAUGGCCCUGAGGAUGUUAGCAGCAGUGGAUCGGAUGAGGAUACAGUUACACUUGGUCCACGAGCGGUGCAAUUAUUGUCCAUUCGUGCAAACUUCCGUAUCAGAGGUAUCAAUGGCUUUGACUGGCGCAACUACCUGUACAUCUACAGGGCGCGGGAGGGGGAACUACAAGAGGAAGGAAUGGUGGAUUUGGUACCCAUUGGACCAGUUAGGAUUCUAGAGGCUUACGGCACCUUGGGCUUUAAGGUUUUCCCAGCCGAUGGCACCGGUGUCAUCGAUGAAGGUUGGAGUGUUAUUAUGGAGGAUGAUGAAGUUGAGGAACACACAAAAACCAUUGAUGGAGGCCUUGGCCGCAAGUUGGAGAUCACAUACUUGGUGAUUCCCAACGCAAUUGAGACCCAUGUUGAGGUCAGGUUGAACCUCAAAGACCUUGGUUCGAGAAGCCGCGCUGUGUAUGGUAGCAUCAAGGCAAGCGCCAUUGACUAUGGUAGCAAAAGCGUCCAUCUCUUCAGUCGUUACCGAGGGAGGAGCUUGUCCUUUCCCUGUGGCUCCACAUGCAUUCUUCCACUGACUCCAUAUAUGAUUGCAUUGCCCUAUCGUCGACAUUUCAAACUCCACAUAGAGGUGGACCUAAGAGUAAUCACAACCUGCGACAGCCAAGAAGAGGGUAAGAAUUUGAAAUUCUGUCUAGAAUUCACCCGUAGAGUUACGACUCAAGAAAGAGAAGUUGAUGGUGAUCAAGUUGAAGUGAACAUCACCUGGUACCUAGAAAGGACAGUUUAG